GCAGUUGGAACUACGACGGGAGUCACGGAAAUUAUGCUAGGGGGAAAAAUAAAUAAAUAUAAAUGGAAAGUUUUAAAUUGUGCAACUAGACGGAAAUUGAAAUUCUCAAUAGACAACAAAAUAAAGAUUCAGAAUUUUGAAUGGUUAUGGCCGUAGACUGUUCCAGGUUGCAGCCUGCAGAUAGUUUGUUGCGUGAUGUGAUAAAUGUUUCAGAAAAGGCUGCCGAAAUUGCACGUUCCUGUCGAGCAGAGCGAGAGCUGUUCUCUUUGCUGAUAGAAGAAAAGAAAGAUGAUAAGAAAAAUAGGCGGUUUAUCAGAGAUUUUAAGACCCUGGCUGAUGUGCUAGUCCAGGAAACUAUACGAUAUGAUCUUGAUAGAAAAUACCCAGAUAUUGGUUCUCACAUUUAUGGAGAAGAAGAAAAUUGUUUUACUAAUGCCUUGGGAGAAUCUAUUUCUGUUGUAAUAGAUAAAUUUCAGGAAAGUACAGUUUCCAAAUUGACUACAGUUCUGGAUGGAAAUGUAGAAGCAGCUAGACUCUUAGCCUUGGCUGUACAUCGCAAUGUUAAUGUUGAUAUCAUUACACCUUUUGAUGAAGCAGUUAAUUUACCAUUAGAUAAAAUUGGAAUUUGGAUAGAUCCCAUUGAUUCCACAUCUGAAUAUAUUUAUGGAAUCUAUGAAGAUCUGAAUUUAUCAGAAUUGGUUACAUCCGGUUUGAAAUGCGUAUGUGUGUUAAUUGGUUUGUAUCAUUUAGAAAGUGGCCGUCCCAUCUUGGGAGUAAUUAAUCAGCCAUUCCACAUUUGGGAUUCCACUUUGAAUAGGUGGUCAGGUAGAUACUUCUGGGGAUUGAGUUGGAAUGGAAUAAACAAAUCAUCACUGAAACAUAUAGAUGGAAAGCAGACCGGUAGGGUAGUUAUGAGCAGUAGUGAUGAUGAAGAACUAGUGCGUAUCUUAAAACAGAAAUAUGAAGUCGUAUUUGUCGCUGGAGCCGGAUACAAACUGCUGGCAGUGUGUCUGGGUCUGGCAGACUUCUAUGUACUCUCCAAACAUUCCACCUACCGGUGGGAUGCAUGUGCACCACAUUCGCUCCUGCUGUCUCUUGGUGGAGGCAUCGUGAGCUAUCAGAAAAUUCUGGCAACAGCAUCCGGAGACCUACAGGAUAGCCUCUGCAGUCUACAACUGUCUUACCACUCCGUCGAAGAGGACAGUCAGGGAGUCGACCGAUGGUGCAAUAAAACUGGAAUGAUUGCCUACAGGGAUUCCGAAGCACUAGUGGAAUUAAUCGAAUAUAUCAGAUGUCACAAAUAGUCUGCAACAAUCUAAAAAUUCAUAAUUAUGAUAAAAAGCUUUAUUCAUUAAUAUAUUAGAAAUAUAUAAUAUACUUAAAAAGAAAAACUAAUAUUUUUAGGUAAAAUAAUCAAAUAUUUUGUAACCAAAAUCAUGAGUAGAUAUAAUUGUUUUAAGAUAAAUCUAUUGUAUCUGCAAUUUGAGAGUUUAUUUUUAAUCGAACAAAUUGUUUAAGUUUAUAUAUUUUAUAUUUUUGUUGUUUGUGAAAAUAUUCGUUUUUACAUAUUUAUGAGAUUAUAAAAAUGACUUGAGACCAAAUAGACACAAUAUAUCAGUAUAUUUGUAACUCUAAUCAGUAAAAUAAAAGCAUAUUCUUCUAGUUUUUAAUGUUAUAACUCUCUUAUAGAGAAUUGUAUAAUGUGUUACUUAUGUUAACAUCUUGUUCCAGAUACUUUUAUAAUUGACAGAAAAAUAGAACAUAUAUAUCAUUCCCUACGCAACUGUUGCUUUUGUGUUAAUGGUAAGAGUUGACCAGAAACAAUAGUUAAAAUAUUAACUGCCCUUAUUUAAUAUUAUAAAAAUUAAAUUGCACAAGCAAACCAUGAGCAAAUCACAGUUGGAGAAAUUUAGAAUGCUUGAUGUUAAAUAAAUCUUAAUUUAUUACUUGAUUUUCCAAAAUAUGUGAAUUUCAUCCAAAUUCAAUCUUUUGCAAAUCAAGUUUACCUUUUGCGCAUAAAAGAUGAACUCGAAAAGGCAUUUCCUAACGUAUAUUCGAUAAAUAAAUAAAGUUUACUAAUGGUAAUUUCUUCAAUAUGUACUAUACAUAUUCAUCUAUAUGAAAUUACCACCAGUUGUGCAAGAGAACCAUUGUACUGUAGAUUAAGUUGUGUGUAGACACAAUUUUCUAAUGACAUGUGAUAAGUAUUUCAUGUACUGUAGAUCUCUGUAUAACAAUAAAAUUUUGAAUUUGUUAACAAUUUAAUUAUUAUGUACAAAAUGCUUGGGGAAAAAUUUUCUAGAAAUUCUUGAUAUGCUAAAGGGUGAAUUUGGAGUGAAAAUUCCUGUAAAAAUAUUUGACUAGUUCUUGCCAAAUGCCUAUGAAAAUAUUAAAAAGAAUUUUUAAUGUCUUAAAUAUUUAAUUUAGAUUUGAAGAUUGUUUACUUAAAAUGCUAUUUUAUGCAAAUUCCUGAGAGCUAACACACAUUGUUAGUGUAAAGUAAAUUUUUCUUGCUUUAUCAUUUAUGACUUCCAAAUAAGUUCUAAGUUGGUCACCAUAACUAAAGUCUACUUAAAAAUGAUAUGAAACUGAUUAAGGAUGAAAGAUGCGUCCAAAUGAUUUUUCUUGUAUUUAUUCUCUCAAUUAUGUUUUAUAAUUUAAGUUAAAGUAGAAGUUUGUUAAUGAAGUACUGUACCUACGUGACCAGAUUGGUGCCGGAUUAUCUGGGGUAUUUGUAUUUUCACAAAUUCGAACGUUGCAAAUUUAUUCGUAUCAAUCCUAAGUGCAUGACUAUACUAUAUUCAAAUUGACUGAAAAACCUAUUGGAUUGUCAACGAAUACACUAUAUUGCAUAAAAUGGCGUGUUUUAGGUACAGUACUGUAUUGUACAUCAGGGGCGUGCCGUGACAUUUGAUGAUAGGGAAGCUGUGUUGCUAUAAGAAGCCGACA